CCCGCUGAAGAGGAGACCUGGUCCUCGGCAGCAGCAGUUCCCCGGCAGAUUUAAUUGAGGAUCCCAGGCUGCUGAGCCAGUGACCAAGAUGGCCAACUUCAAGGGCCACGCCCUCCCGGGGAGCUUCUUCCUGCUCUUUGGUCUCUGGUGGUCACUGAAGUACCCAUUCAAGCACCUGACCCAGGGGGCACGGAGCCGGUUCAGCCGUGGGGCCGAGCGACUGGAGCUGAUUGAAGGGCUCAUUAAAGCUGCCUUUGCACUCAUAGGGAUCCUGGCGGAGCAAUUUGUUCCAGACGGGCCCCACCUGCACCUGGUGGACCGGGAAGGACAAGGCUGGGUGAAGCUGAUGAACUGGCAGCACGCCACCAUGUAUCUGUUCUUCGGGCUCUCGGGCAUCGUGGAUGUGCUCACCGUCCUCUCCGCCCAGAUCCCCCUGGGGCUGGACCGCCUGCUCAUGGCCGUGGCCGUGUUCACCGAAGGUUUCCUCUUCUACUACCACGUCCACAACCGGCCCCUGCUGGACCAGCACAUCCACUCGCUGUUGCUGGUGGCAGUGUUUGGGGGCACACUGACCAUCUUCCUGGAGGUGCUCCUCAGGGACAACGUGGUGCUGGAGCUGUUCCGGGCCAGCCUCAGCAUCCUACAAGGAACCUGGUUCUGGCAGAUAGGGUUUGUGCUGUUCCCACCCUGGGGAGGACCCGAAUGGAAACAGGAUGAUCACGGCAACAUCAUGUUCAUCACUAUGUGCUUCUGUUGGCAUUACGCAGCUGCCCUCAUCAUCGUGGGCAUCAACUAUGCCCUCGUGGCCUGCCUGGUGAAGAGGUUUGAGAGGCGCUCUGGAGGAGAGAUCAUUGGGAUCCAGAAGCUGAAGUCAGAUAAAAAUGUGCACAUGGCACUCUUGCAGGACUUGGAAGAAGAGUAACCCAGGGAGGAGGUGACCACGCUCACCCCCACCCGGGCCCCCACUGAAUCGCUGAAGCAGCCUGGGACGGUCUGGCGUGGGACCGGCCCUUGGCGAAGACACUCACACGGCUCUUCUCUCACAAUCCUUAGAGCCCCCAACUGUGGAGAACUGCUGGAGAGCAACAUGACGGUCUCAAAAGGGAAACUUGACUUACAAAGGAGUCUGGCGCAAACUCCCCGACCCCAGCACCCCACCACUGAUGGAGACCCCAUCCUCCCCUCCCCACUGUCCCCCAAAGUCUGGGGGCUGGCGGUUGCACUCAGGGAACAGGAAGUCUCGCUGCCUGCCAUUGUGUUCAACCCCAUGGGACUCCAGCCCGGGGGGAAGGUCGGAGGCAGGUGUUUCGGGGCCUGGAUUUCCGGGUGGCAUAAACCAAAGUCCG